AUGAAGCCAAGCGGCGGUGGCGAUGACUAUGAGGGUGAUGAUUAUUUACAAGAGGAACCUGAACAUACAAGGAAGUUGUUUAUUGGUGGACUCGAUUAUUGUACGACGGAUACGUCAUUGAAAGAGUUUUAUGAACAAUGGGGUGAUAUUGUUGAUGUUGUUGUUAUGAAGGAUCCGCAGACAAAGAGGUCACGCGGUUUCGGCUUUAUAACUUAUUCCCGGGCUCAUAUGGUAGAUGAUGCUCAGAAAAAUAGACCUCAUAAAAUUGAUGGAAGAAUUGUAGAACCAAAGCGAGCUGUACCGAGGGAAGAGAUCAAAAGGCCGGAUGCUAGCGCAACAGUCAAGAAACUGUUUAUCGGAGGAAUAAAACAAGAUAUUGAAGAAGAAGAUUUAAGAGAAUACUUCAGCAAAUUUGGCGAAAUUAUUUCAGUGAGUCUAGUAACAGAAAAGGAAACUGGGAAGAAACGGGGCUUUGGAUUCAUUGAAUUUGAUGAUUAUGAUCCAGUUGAUAGAAUAUGCUUACAACCAAGCCACAAGGUCAAAGGUCGUCGCUUGGAUGUCAAAAAGGCUAUAUCAAAGACAGUGAUGGCAUCAAGCAGUAAUAGGGGUCGGAGUGGAAGAUGGGGCAAUAGACAAUUACAGGAUUGGAAUACAGAUGGCGGCUUUGAUUCAGGUUACGAGCAAGGAUGGAACAACCAGAAUCCAUGGGAUAAUUCAGGCAAUUGGGGCAACCAGGGAUAUGAUCAAGGAUGGCAGGGCGACUUUGGGAGUGGAUAUCAACAGAACUAUGGUGGGGGGCCGAUGAGGCCUAAUUUUAGUAAUAUUCGACAACAACCAUAUAAUGCAGGUGGUGGCUACAACAGCGGCAAUCCUUCCAACUUCAACAAUUCUGGCAACACUCCCAACAACCCUCGUCGAUUUUAA